CGGGGGUGAGACGAGCAGUAACCCUGAAUCAGGAAAGACUCGCAUCUCCUGAAUUCUUCUCGCGAUUUGGUGCAGUUCAGGCAUCAGACUCUGGGUCCUUGACGAUACGCACCUUAAUCAUUGCGGCUGGAGAAAAUCUUCCAAGUUGAAACAUCACUUAUCUCUUUUUCAAGAUGGCUCCUGCAAGCAAUAUGAACUACCAGAAGGACGAGAGAGUCCUUUGCUUCCAUCAUGAGAUCCUAUAUGAAGCUAAAAUCCUUGAUCUGAGGCAUAUGGAUCCGGAAGACCGCAAGAGUCCCUUUGAGUACCUGGUCCACUACAAGGGAUGGAAGAACACCUGGGAUGACUGGGUACCCCAGGAUCGACUUCGUAAAUUCACAGAUGAGAACCGAGAGUUGGCCACGACUCUUCGCCGCGAGGCUGAGGCAGCUUUCCGCCAGAAGAAUGUGAAGACCUCCGUGAAGAAGAGGGGAGGCUCCGACCGCAGUUCCGCCCGGGGCAGCGAGGAGAGGCAAACCUCAGUUCCCGGCCGCGGGACGAAGAGAGCACGAGACAAUGAUAUUGAAAAGGAAGAAAGUUUCUAUGUCCGGCCUUCAGUGCGGAUUGUCAUGCCAGACAACCUGAAAUCUCUUCUGGUUGAUGACUGGGAAAACGUGACCAAGAACCAGCAAGUUGUGGCCUUGCCGGCCAAAUGCUCAGUCAGCCAGAUCUUGGAUGACUAUGUCAAGGAGGAGAAGCCCAAGAGGACGAGCGCGGCCGACCUGGACGUGCUCGAUGAGAUAGUCAUGGGAAUACGCGAGUAUUUCUACAAGGCCCUCGACAAAAUCCUCUUGUAUCGUUUCGAACGGGAACAGUAUCGAGUGAUCCGCAAGAGGUGGGAGGACGGCAAUGGGGAAUGGGCCGACAAAGGUCCUCUCGAGACCUAUGGGGCAGAGCAUUUGACACGGCUUUUCGCGACCAUGCCCGAGCUGAUCGCACAAACCAACAUGGAUGCUCAAUCCACGAACAGGCUUCGGGAAGAGCUCUCCAAAUUCACAAUCUGGUUGAGUCGAAACUCGGCCAAGUACUUUGCGACUAGGUAUACGAAUGCCAGCAACGAGUACAUCGAAAAGUCGCGCGGUGUUACAAAUCCGGCUCCAGCCACCACUACCUCGCGUCUGGUCUGAGGCAGUUCGAUUGAAGCUAACGUCGCAUACCGUCCGUCUGAGUAUUAAUCUUUUCAGUUAUUCUUUUCUUGGCCAAUUUUGUGUCGCGGACUACGGUUUAAGCACUGAUAUUAUGGCGUCUUAAUGUUUGCUAUGGAU